AUGAAGCACAACUAUCAGAGUGUUUCAAAGAUAGCGGUAAUGGGAAAUGUUGCUGGCUCGAUUGCAAUCUUCUUCUAUGGCUACAUUUCUUGGUGCGUUGCAGCUCACCUCUAUUGGAUGUCUUGGGUUGCCAAUUGGAAUAAAACUGCAUUUUGGGCUUCACUCAUUGCAGUCCUUAUCUGCGAGUGGAUAUUUCUAACAUUGAUCAUGGCUUUGUCCUUCUUCCAAGCAAACUUCAUAGGAUGUACUUGCUGUUGUAGGGAUCCAUCGGAAGUUGGAGCCAUUGAACCAGCCGGUGAGAUGAUUGGUACUCAGAAUUUUCAGCAAUAUCCAGCUCCUGGACAAGUUUAUCCAGUAGCAAUCGAACCAAGUGUUCCACUGGGUCAACCGAAUCCAACCCAAGUUUAUCCAACCACUCAAGAGGAAUAUCCUCCAGCAGCUCAGCCGAAUUAUGAUCAGUCAGCACAGGCUCCUUAUGGUCAUUACGAAGCCAAUGCAGCUCCUCAACAAGUGAAUGAAUCUUCUUUCCAAUGA